AUGACGUCGAGCGAGCCCAAGCGGCCCGUCUCCCAGGCGGAGUUCGACGCCGCGGUCAAGGACUUCAUGGACGAGCUGGACCUCGACGCCGCGGAGGCCAUCGACAUGGCGCGGGAGGAGUUCGAGAUGCAGGGGGGGGACAUCACCGCGGUGGAGAAGAACCUGCCCUCGGAGCGCACGGAACACCCCGUGACCGCCGCGUUCAACGUCGUCCGCGAGCUCCUGGCCGGGGGCGACGCCUGCAGCCCGAAGUGCGUCGAGGCGAUGGCUGCCGUGACGCGCGAGGCGAGCGCGGAGGCCAUCGAGGACAAGGCGCGCGCGCUGGUGACGGUGCACGGGGAGUUCGGGGUGCAGCACCUGCUGGACGUGGCUGCGGUGGCGGCGGAGAGGAAGGACGCCGAGGUGCUGGCGGCGGCGAGCAGGGCGUUGGCGGCGGUGAUGAGUUCGCCGGACAACAAGAAGGCGUUCCAGUCCGCGGAUGGCGGGCAGAAGGUGCGGAAGAUCAUCGACGACGCGGAGAAGGACGACUGGGACACUGUGGCCGCGGCGGCAACCAUCGCCGAGGCUGCGGCCACGAAGGCGGAGGGCAACAAGUGCGCACUGUACGACAACGGCGCCGUGGAGCGCCUGGUCGAGAUGAUCGACGCGCACGCGGCCGUCAUCCCCGAGACUGCGCUCGUGCCGAUGUGCGGCGCCAUCGGCAUCGUGUGCGUGAACGACGACGAGGGCAACCGCGUGGUGGCGGCGCCAGGACACCCGGGCCUGUCCGCGUCCCGGGCGUUCGCGACGGGGAUCCGUCUGGGUAAGAUCGCGAACCCCGCGCUGUUGCGGGUGCUGCAGGCGGGUGCAGAAGCCGAGCGGUCGCCCAAGGCGAUCGCGGCGGUCAAGUGUGCGGUGCGGCGCGUGUCGGUCAACGACGAGACGGUGGGGGUGUUCAUGGACGCUGGGGGCAUCCCCGUGGCGCUCAAGCUGCUCGAGACGCACAUGAAGUCGAAGGCCGUCGCGUACCACGGCCUGGCGAUGCUGCGGCAGAUGGCCGCCAGCGACACCGCGCGACUGGCAGCCUGCGAGGCCGGGGCGCUCGAGCUGGCGCUGGCGGCGUGCCAGGCGCACGGCACGGCGUCCAACGUCGUCGAGCAGGCGCUUGGGACGGUCGCGGCUCUGCUGCUACGGAACCCCGACGGAUGCGAGCGAGCUGCUGGUUGCGGGUGGCCGGCGGCGGUUGCAGCGGCGAUGCGCAGCCACGAGGGCUCCGGCCCCGUGCAGCGGCAGGGGUGCAUGCUCGUUCGGAACCUGGUCGCGCGGAACGCGGAGCUGCGGCCCGUGGUGGCUGAGGCAGGUGCCGAGGGGCUGAUUCGGGCAGCGAUGACCAAGUACGCCGGCGCGUGCAAGGACGUCGGCUCCGCGGCGCUGCGGGACCUUGGCUGCGACGACUGGGCGUAG